CGGCUAGCGGUUAGCACUUCGAAAAAAUUGAAACCUCGAGAACGCUCUUUCUUCCCUCCUUUGCUGCUUGCCGGAGGACGCUUUCUGCAAAGUCUGUCUCUUCUUUCAGAUUAACUAAAUAAUAAUGGGGGUGAAGAACUUGUGGGAUAUCUUGGAAUCGUGCAAGAAAACUCUGCCACUCCAUCAUCUUCAGAACAAGAGGGUGUGCGUAGAUCUGUCGUGCUGGAUGGUUCAGCUUGAAAGGGUGAACAAAUCACAUUGUGCUCUCAAAGAGAAGCUCUAUCUCAAGGGUCUCUUUCACCGCAUUAGAGCGCUCAUUGCUUUGAAUUGUAGCCUCAUCUUUGUAACCGAUGGUUCGAUUCCAGCAAUCAAAUUGGCCACUUACAGGCGCCGUUUGAAUUCUGGAACUGAGGCUGCUCAAGAUGAGAUUGGUUCACAAAAUGCAUGCUCACUUCGCAGAAAUGCAGGUUCGGAGUUCUCUCGCAUGAUAAAGGAAGCAAAGUUGCUGGGAUCAGCUCUUGGGAUUCCUUGCUUAGACAGCGUCGAGGAAGCUGAAGCGCAGUGUGCAGUAUUAAAUGCAGAAUCUCAGUGUGAUGGAUGCUUCAGUUCAGAUUCAGAUAUUUUCCUUUUUGGUGCAAGAACUGUGUACAGAGACAUAUCCCUUGGGGAUGGUGGUCACGUCGUGUGCUAUGAAAUGGCCGACAUAGAAACAAAACUUGGGUAUGGUAGGAACUCGUUGAUUACAUUGGCCCUUCUUCUUGGAGGGGAUUACUCCAGUGGAGUUUACGGGCUGGGACCAGAGUCAGCUUGCCAAAUUGUGAAAACAGUUGGAGACGCCAGCAUCCUUCAGAAAAUAGCAUCUGAACGGCUCUCCCUUGCUAGGAAGAAGAAGACUUCAAAGAAACAUGACUCUGCAUCUCUUAAGGACAACCAGUUGGAACCUGAAGCUCCUGUUGACUCAGAAAGGCAAAAGGAAUUCUUGCAAGUAAUCAAUGCAUAUCUCAAGCCCAAGUGUCACUCCAUCGAUUCAGAAGCAGUCUACAGGGUUCUUGGCCAGUACCCAUUUCAACCUGCCAAGUUGCAGCAGAUUUGUGCCGACUUCUUUGAUUGGCCUCCUGAGAAAACAGAUGAAUACAUCCUCCCAAAAGUAGCCGAGAGGGAACUAAGGAGAUUCGCGAACCUACGUUCCACUUCAUCACAGCUAGGAGUUGCGCCUUCUCUAAACAGGAUGCCAAUCAAAUGCCCUGUUGCUGAGAUCAUCAAACCUAGAAAAGUCCAGGGAAGAGAUUGCUUCGAGGUCUUGUGGGAAGCUUUCAAUGGGCUUAAGACCUCCAUAGUUCCAGCAGAUCUCAUACAAAAUGCUUGUCCAGAAAAGAUUGUGGAGUUUGAGGAGAACAAAGCUAGAGCAAAGAAACAAAAUCAGCGAAAAGCAAGAACUAAUAAGCCACAGAAGGGGCAUGCUGCUGCAGAACUUGACUUGAAGCUCCAAAAUCUACUGCUUGAAAUCGAUUCAGGAAAUGGAAGCAGCAGCACUCCUCAUGAAGAUGCCAAGAAAUGUGAUGGGAUGGUCGGUUACUCAGAAGCUUGGCAUGAUGAAGAAGCAGGUUCGGAGAGUUGUGACAUGUCAAUUUCACCUCUUCAAAGUGAUAAAACUACGACAGAGUUCAUGUUGAUUUCACCUCUUCAAAGUAAUAGCACUAGCAAGGAGUUCAUUGAUCUUCUGACGCCUGCUCCAUUCCCUAGUAGUCGCGUAUUUCCAACAUGUCAAAAUGAGAAUGCUGAACCCAUAGUAAUCCCGGUGAUAGACUUGAGCGACUCAGAGACCGAGAGGUCACCAGAGCAUUUGAGAAGAGCCAGAGACCUUAGAUUGUUCAUAGCUAGCAUUAAGGAUUGACAAUUUCUAGUCAACUUUGCACUUACAAUGGUAAGUUGCAAGUUACUGGGAUCCCCCAAAGAAAAAGGUGAAUGAACGUCUAUUGAUUAA